AUGCACUUUGAUAAAGCACCAAAGGAGAAGCCAUGCUGCACUCUGCCCACAGUGAAAAAACUAUUGGAACAGAAGAGGAAGCGAGAGAUGUCAUCGGGGUUCACUUAUGCCACAAACACAACCAAUCCCGCUGGUCACAACAUACUUACUCAGCUUCAGGAGUCUGAACAACCGACUUGCUCAGGUGCCACAAGUAGCUACCCCAACAUGACAGCUCUGAGCUCGGAGCAGUGGGCACCGAUGCAGGAGUCCGCUCUCCAAUAUGACCCCAUUCAACCUGGGCCAAGCUUCCCUGUGGAAUACGACGUCCCAAUGGAUGCCGGUUUUAGCUCCCAGCAGAACCUUCAAGGAUAUGCGUCUCAAUCUUAUGAGUACCUGAUGCCAGCUGCAGAUCACAGCGCAGCCUCUAAUUGGCUCCCUAUGGAGCCUAGUCAGGCCUCUCAACCCACCUUUGGGAAGUGGUUGGACUCCGGCACACUGGAGAAGGCCAGAACGCUACUCAGAGACAUGGACUACAGCAGAAUCACUGGCCAGGAUGAAGAUGGAGACACCAUCCUGCACAUCUACACUGCUAAGGGUCACAGGGAGUGGGCCUUUGCUGCUGCAGAGAAGCUGAGGGAUUUGGGGAAGCUUGAUGCAAAAGAGCACAAAGGCAAAACUGCGUUACUGGUGGCGGUGACUGCAGACCAGCCGGACAUUGUUCAAGAUCUGUUGUCAUUUGGAGCAGACAUCAAUGCCUGUGACAUUAAAGGACAAAGUGCUCUUCACUUGGCUGCCAACGAUGGUUUACCUAGGAUAAUGCAGGUAAUUUUGUCGAACAGACCUGCAGUCAAUCUUGAGGCCAGAGAUUUUGAAGGGAUGACCCCUCUACACUGUGCAGCCAUUUCCCACAGUGUCACCAUGAAGGCUUUGCUUGCCUGCGGGAUGGCAGAUGCUAAACUUCAGGCUAAUGCUGCGGAGAAGCUCUCCUGUGUGCAGAUGCUUCUGAAUGCGGGCGCUUCACUACUCAGUCAGGAAAUCAAAAGCAGCAUGACAGUGUUGCACUUGACAGUGAAGGAAGGGAAUAUUCAUCUGCUCCGCUAUCUGCUUAGCAUCCCCAUGCACAAUGUAAAAGAGUUUGUCAACAUGAAAGCACACGGCCACACUGCUUUACACAUGGCGGCCUGUCUCCAUGGCAACCACCAGCAGGAAGAGAUCCUGCGGCUGUUACUGAAUCGAGGAGCUGAUCCCAGCAUCCGCAACCUGGAGAACAGCCUGCCGGCACAUCUUCUGCAGGGUGGCCUCAAAGGGGAGCAGCUUAAACUUUUGCUGAAGAAAUGGACCACUUCGACUCGUCGCCGUCCAGCGGCCUCGCAGAACCAGGAAUGA